UAUCAUCGCUAUAAGGAAGACGUUGGGAUUAUGAAAGAAAUGGGGUUAGAUGCUUACAGAUUCUCAAUCUCAUGGUCUAGAAUUUUGCCAAAUGGAAAGGUAAGUGGGGGUGUGAACAAGGAAGGAGUUGGCUAUUAUAACAAUCUCAUCAAUGAGCUCUUAGCUAAUGGUAUUCAGCCUUUUGUGACUCUCUUCCAUUGGGAUCUUCCUCAAGCCUUAGAGGAUGAAUAUGGCGGUUUCUUAAGUCCUCGUAUUGUGAAUGACUUUCGAGAUUAUGUGGAAGUUUGCUUCAAGGAAUUUGGCGAUAGAGUAAAGCAUUGGAUCACAUUGAAUGAGCCAUGGAGCUAUGCUUAUGGUGGAUAUGCAGUUGGGUUCCUAGCACCAGGUCGUUGUUCCCAUUGGCAAAAACUAAAUUGCACCGGCGGCGAUUCCGGGGUCGAGCCAUACUUGGUGGCUCACCAUCUACUCCUUGCUCAUGCAGUCUCUGUAAAACUCUAUCGCCAAAACUAUCUGGCAACUCAGAAGGGUAUGAUUGGGAUCACAUUAGUUACAAACUGGUUUGUUCCAGUUUCAAAUGCAAAGCACCACCAAAAUGCUGCUUCAAGAGCCAUGGACGCUAUGUUUGGAUGGUUUAUGGAUCCAAUAACCACUGGAAACUAUCCACACACCAUGCAAUCUCUAGUUGGAAAUCGUUUGCCUAAGUUCACCAAAAUGCAAUCUGAGAUUCUUAAAGGAUCCUUUAGUUUUCUCGGAUUGAAUUACUACACUGCAUCUUAUGCAGCUUAUGCUCCUAAGGUUAAUGUUGGGAAGCCAAGCUACCUGACAGAUGCUCAUACUAAUCUUUCAUCUCAGCAUAAUGGUGUUCCAAUUGGUCCAAUGACAGGUACAAGUUGGAUCUACAUGUACCCAAAAGGAUUUCAGAAUCUUCUACUUUACGUAAAGAAAAAAUAUAGCAAUCCCUUAAUUUAUAUCACCGAAAAUGGGGUUGGUGAUACUUUUAAUAAUACAUUAUUGUCAUUAAAAGAAGCCCUUAAUGACAAAGGGAGGAUCGAUUACUAUCGUCGACAUCUUUCUUCCCUUCGAAGUGCUAUUAAGGAUGGUGUGAAUGUAAAAGGGUAUUUUGCAUGGUCGCUAUUGGAUAACUUUGAAUGGGGGAGUGGUUAUACCGUGAGAUUCGGCUUGAACUUUGUAGAUUACAAAGAUGGGUUGAAAAGAUACCCAAAACUCUCAGCUCAUUGGUUCAAAAUUUUUCUCAAGAAACAAACAUGAUGAUG